CGCAGGGAAGAGAAGUAGGGAGAAGCAUCAGCACUAGCCCAUUCAGAAUCAGAACAGCCUUGGUCGCCUCACAACUCGACUCGCCGCCGGCCGCCGCCGAGGGGAGAGGAGCAAGAUGUUCUUCCACAUCGUGCUGGAGCGGAACAUGCAGCUGCACCCGCGGCACUUCGGGCCGCACCUCCGCGACAAGCUCGUCUCCAAGCUCAUCAAGGACGUCGAGGGCACCUGCAGCGGGCGGCACGGGUUCGUGGUGGCGAUCACGGGUGUGGAGGACAUCGGCAAGGGGCUCAUCCGAGAAGGCACGGGAUACGUCACCUUCCCCGUCAAGUACCAGUGCGUCGUCUUCAGACCCUUCAAGGGCGAGAUCCUCGAGGCUGUCGUCACCAUGGUGAACAAGAUGGGCUUCUUUGCGGAGGCUGGGCCGGUGCAGAUCUUUGUGUCCAACCACUUGAUUCCAGACGAUAUGGAGUUCCAAUCGGGAGAUGUGCCAAACUACACAACUUCUGAUGGAUCGGUGAAAAUUCAAAAAGAGAGUGAGGUGCGGCUGAAGAUUAUUGGUACUCGUGUUGAUGCUACAGAAAUUUUUUGCAUUGGCACAAUAAAGGAUGACUUCCUGGGUGUUAUCAGCGAUCCUGGUGCAGCAGUGUAAAUGGUCUAAGAAACGAGAUUGUACUCCGAUGUUCACAGACUACAUGUGUAAUUCGUGGUUGUACGGACUACAGAACCUGUUGAGAAUGGUGCGCCUAGGACCUUGUUUAGCUUAACUGUAGUAUAUAAGCAACUCCAGCAAUAGCCCCCAAAUCAGGGCCAUACUUUUUAUCUGGGGCUGCCCUGCUUUUGAUUGCUUGGUUUUCUAGAUUCGGCUCCAA